AUGUGGCUCUUAACAGCUCUGCUCCUUUGGGUUCCAGUUGGUGGGCAAAUAGACCGUGCAAAAUCCGUGAUCACCUUGCAGCCUCCGUGGGUCAGUGUAUUUUCGGAGGAAAAUGUAACAUUAUGGUGUAAGGGACCCCGCCUGCCUUGGGACCAGUUUACACACUGGUCUCUCAAUGGCACAGUCAUUGGGACCUUGACCAGCAGCUACAGAAUCAUUGCGGCCAGUGUCAAUGACACUGGUGAAUACAGAUGCCAGAGAGGUGACUUGCUGCCAAGUGACCCCACACUGCUGGAAGUCCACAGAGAUUGGCUACUCCUGCAGGUCUCUAGCAGAGUCAUCACUGAAGGGAAGCCUCUGGCCUUGAGGUGUCAUGGAUGGAAGAACAAGCUGGUAUACAAGAUGCUUUUCUACCACAAUGGCAAGACCUUUACCUUUUCUCCUGGGAAUCCCGAAUACACCAUUCUGAAAACCAACGUGAGUCACAGUGGCAUCUAUCACUGCUCAGGCUUGUACGGAAGGCCCCGCUUCACAUCAGCAGGAGUAAAUAUCACUGUUAAAGAGCUAUUUCCAGCCCCGGUGCUGAGAGCAUCCUCUCCACACCCCCUCCUAGAGGGGAAUCCCAUCAACCUGAGCUGUGAAACAAGGUUGCUCCUCCACAGCCCUCCUGUGCAGCUCUACUUCUCCUUCUACAUGGCAAGUCAGAUGCUGGUGAACAGGACCCCAUCCUCUGACUACCAGAUACGAACUGCUGAAAGAGAAGAUUCUGGGUUCUACUGGUGUGAGGCCACCACGGAAGAUGGAGAUGUCAUCAAGCGCAGCCCCAUGUUGGAGCUUCGAGUGCUUGGGUUCCAAUCACCAGCUCCUGACUGGUUUCAUGUCCUGCUCAGUCUGGCAGUGGGAAUAAUAUUUUUGGUGAACACUGUUUUCUAUGUGGUAAUACAUAAAAAACUGCAAAGGAAGAAAAAGUGGAUUUUAGAAGUUCCUUUGGAGUCUGAUCAUGGAAAGAAGGUAAAUUCCUUCCUUCAAGAAGACAGAUAUUCAGAAGAAGAGCUAAAAUGUCAGGAACAAGAAGAGCUGCAGGAAAGGCCACUCCAAAAGGGUACUAACAAACCUAGAACCUAA